AUGCUGAAUCCUUCAUAUGUAUUGCCAAGCAGGAAGACGGUCUCUAACAACAUAAUACCGAGACUUUAUGAAAGUUGCAAAAACAAUGUACAAUGUUUAAUAGACUCAACUGUAGCAGUGUGUCUUACAACAGAUUGUUGGACUUCAAAUAAGAACACAAGUUUUAUGGCCACAACUGCUCAUUUUUUUGAUGGUAAUACAGAGUUGAAAUCCUUCUGUCUUGACUGUACAGAAUUUAGUGAACGACAUACAGGAGACAAUAUAAGAGCAAAACUUAUGACAAUUGUGAGCAAUUGGAACAUUACUCAUAAAGUGACAGCAAUUGUCAGUGACAAUGCAGCCAAUGUCACAAAUGCUAUCCAAAAGACAAAUUAUCGUCAGGUUUCAUGUUUUGCUCACACAUUGAAUCUGGCUGUCCAAAAUGAUCUUAAGGAUAUUUCAUCGGUCACCCUGAAAGUUAAGAGUAUAGUUGAAUACUUUAAGCGCAGUCAUCAUGCAUUGGCAAAAUUACAUGCCACUCAAAAUCAGAUGAAUAUGCCACAGCUAAAACUCAUACAAGACGUUGCCACAAUAUGA